GGAUUGAUUUUGGGCUGUGGAAAUAAUUCAUAUAUUAAAUUUUAAGACCUUAAGCAUUUUCUUUCCUACUAUUUUGAAAUCAAAUUUUGAAAAAGAAUGUAAGAUGAAUUGAUUAGAAGCUCUAGGAACGUAGUUCUCACAUUUCAAGCUGCUCGACUUAUCGCGCGAGAUUUGAAUUAUAUCUGCAGUACAACCACAAUGAUCACAAUCCUCCGGUUAACCCAUAAAUUCAAUGGCAAUAUUAGUCAAAGUGGGUGUCAGUGCCUUAAACGCUAUGAUUUUAAAGAAAAAGUGUUAAUUUCUUCAUUGCAGUUUUCCAGAAGAAUCUCUUAUUCAAGUAUAUUAAAUGCAGAAACACCUAAGAAGGAUGUGUCAGGAAAGUUACCACAAAAGUAUGACGCAGAGGCAGUUGAAUCAGAAUGGUAUCGAUGGUGGGAACAAGAAGGUUUCUUCAAAGUACAAACAAAUACCAAAAAUUUACAAGAGAAACAAACAUUUACCAUGAUUCUUCCCCCACCUAACGUGACGGGUACUCUUCAUCUAGGACAUGCACUGACUGUGACAAUUCAAGAUGUACUUGCAAGAUGGAUGAGAAUGUGUGGACGUAAUGUACUGUGGAUACCUGGAACCGAUCAUGCUGGAAUUGCUACCCAGGUUGUUGUUGAGAAACAAUUGCUGGCCCAACAUAAUAUUAACCGGCAUACCUUGGGCCGUGAAAAUUUUCUGAAAGAAAUAAGAAAGUGGCAAAGGGAGAAAGGUUCUCACAUUCAAAAUCAACUGCGUCUUAUGGGAGCAUCACUUGAUUGGAGUAGGGAAUACUUUACGAUGGACCAGAAACAAUCUUCUGCUGUUACUGAAGCAUUUAUACGCCUUUUUGAGGAGGGGCUAGUUUACCGUAGUAAUGUUCCUGUCAGCUGGUCUUGCUGGCUAAGGUCUACUAUAUCUGACAUAGAAAUUGAAAACCAGGAAAUAAAUGGUCCAACAGACCUGCAUGUGCCAGGAUACACCCAGCCUGUCCAGUUUGGAAAGUUAACAAACAUUGUCUAUAAGAGUUGUGACAGUGUAAAUGAAAUAAUUGUCUCUACAACAAGACCUGAGACCAUGCUAGGAGAUGUUGCUAUUGCCGUACACCCUGCUGAUUCCCGCUACAAACAUCUCCAUGGUUCAUUUUUUUGGCAUCCUUAUAGACAUGAAAAAAUACCAUUAAUAUGUGAUGAAUUUGUAGAUCAAGAAUUUGGAACUGGCGCUGUAAAAAUUACACCUGCACAUGACAGAACAGACUUUGAUGUUGCGAUGCGGCAUAACCUUCAAUUAAUCUCAGUUAUCAAUGAAUAUGGCAACAUUUGUGACAACUUUGUCAACUUCAAGGGUAUGAAACGUUUCAUUGCUAGAGAUCACUUAGUGAAAGAUUUGUCAGCACAAGGGCUCAUACAGGGAGAGAAUCCUCAUAAAAUGAUUGUUCCUGUAUGUGGGAGAUCUGGAGAUAUUGUUGAACUUAUUCCAAAACCACAGUGGUUUUUAUCCACAAAAGACAUAGCUCAGAAAGCAAUAAAAGCUGUGAAAGAGAAAAAAUUACACUUUUCCCAUAAGCAAGCAGAGAAGCUUUGGCUGCAAUGGUUUGAAAACAAUCAAGAUUGGUGUCUUUCUCGUCAACUGUGGUGGGGUCAUCGAAUCCCUGUGUUCAAAUGCUGUUUUCCGAAUGGAUCAUCGGAGAAGUGGGUAGCAGCAGGAAGUGGGUCAGAGGCCAAAGUCAAAGCAUCAGCACAGUUUUCUUGUCAACCAGAUGAUCCUAGACUGACAGUUUUGCAAGAUGAGGAUGUGCUAGAUACUUGGUUUUCAUCAAGUAUUUUACCUUUCUCGGCUCUAGGGUGGCCAGAAAUGACUGAGGAAUUUCAAAAUUUAUACCCUCUGAGUCUUAUGGAAACAGGACAUGACAUUUUGUUGUUUUGGGUGGCUAGAAUGGUUAUCCUUGGAGAACUUCUUACACAUAAACUGCCAUUUGAGAAUGUACUUUUGCAUGGAGUUAUUCGAGAUGCAUCGGGUAGAAAGAUGUCCAAAAGCAUUGGAAAUGUGGUGUCUCCUGAGGAUAUACGAGAAGGACGAACAAUUGAGGAACUUGUGAGUGCCAUAGUUUUAAGUCAUGAAUCUGGAGUGAUCCCAAAACAAGAGCUUAAAAAUGCUAUUCAGAAUCAAAAGAAAAUGUUUCCUGAAGGCAUACCUCAGUGUGGUACAGAUGCCCUAAGGUUUACUCUUUGUUCAUAUCCAAUUGAGAGUCACUUCAUUGAUUUUAAUGUGAAAAACUGUGAGGCAAAUCGUAAGUUUUGCAACAAAUUUUGGCAAGCAUGUCGAUAUGUCGAAGGAUUUAUGGAAGAUUCAUGCUUGAACCCACAGUUGAAAUUUGAAGAUCAAACCUCAUUAUGUGUUAUGGACAUGUGGGUAUUAAGUAAAUUGUCUGGUCUAGUUCAUAAACUUGAAAACAGCUUGAGUAGACAAGCUCUACAUGAAUGCGUGGAAGCAUUGAGGGUUUUUAUACACCAUGAAUUCUGUGAUGUGUAUCUUGAGAGCACCAAGUUUUUGAAGAACACAGACAGUCAAGCUAAACAAAACACUAGGAGGGUCCUUUCUGUAUGUGUUGAAAAUAUUCUAGCCCUGUUGUCUCCUUUCAUGCCAUUUCUUACAGAAGAACUCUACCAGCGAUUAUCUUAUUUUCCCAAGACCUCAGAUAGUAUUACCAAGUGUCACUAUCCGCAGCCAAAAGAAUGGAUGAAAUGGUAUAACAAGAGCCUUGAAAGUGAAAUAGAUUUAAUCCUUAAAACUGCAUCUGUCAUUAGACAUCUUAAGAAAAAAAAUGGACUGAAAAAUAAGGAUACUGUUUCAGUGGCAUUGAUAACCAAAUCCGAACUUGAAUUAGAACAGUUUUUUGAACAUAAAAUAUUGUUAGAAAAUUUAUCAAGAAGCUCUAUCAUAAAUGUGCUAAAUGCACCUGAUGAGGUUUCAAACGAUUUUAUGACAGAAGGGAGACUAGACAACUCCUGUAUUGUUAAAAUUGUAUUAGAGGGUGAAAAUCAAAAACUGCAGUCUAAUAAAAUGAAAUCCGAAAUCAUUGCUUUAGCUUUAAAAAAGCAAUCCAAGCUGAAAGAGCAAAUCUUAAGAACAAGAAAUAUUUUAGAAAAUCCCAAAUUUUGGACAAAUGCCCCCGAGGAUGUGAAGCAAACACUCCCUUUGGAGUUAACAAGUUUAGAGGAAGAGCAGAAAAAGAUAGAAACUUUUUUAAAUCAAAUUCCAAAUUUGAAUGAGAAUUUAAUGCAAAACUUGCCAGGUAAAAAAUAAUAAUCUAAUGAUGUGGUAGACAGCAACAAAUAAAGAACAUGUUGUGCAAUAAAAUUGCGUUAAGUCACA